AUGGGAUCGCCAAGACGCAUUCAGGCGAAGCCAGGCGCACAAAUAGUUACACUAUUGUUAUACAGACUCUGGACUUGCAUGUCGCACUCGCCGUCCGGGAUUGAGAUAUCUCUCUCCCAGGGUGAUCGCCACAAGUUAGUUCAAGUUUUAGCAUCGAUGCUCGAGGUAGGGCAACAUCUCUGCACGGACGUGGCGUUUUCCAGACACAAGAUGGCCCUUGCCCAUGUUUGGCGAACACGGCUGAAAGACAUCCUUGGAAGAGGUCCUGGCACCAUCACCGUGUAG